AUGGACUCGCCCAUCCUCACCCGCAUCUUUCAACAGCUGUUCACGAGACCCUCGCGGAAUUGUCUUCGACUGCAAUGCGCUCGCAGACGACCGUCUCUUUACCCCCCAGUUCCCUCGAUCCAACAGCACCGAACAUAUGCACUUCGCCGCAAGCAAGAUGAUGCAGAAGGAGGCAGCUCGUGGCAGCAGAGGAUCGAUGCCUUCCCCAAGGACAUGUCGAGGCAGCUCAAGGAAUACCCCCGGGUCACAGCGCAGGACUUGCGGCAUAGAACUCAGCGACCACGGCGAGUCAAAAUGCUGACGAGAGAAUUUAUUGAUGACAGCCUGUACAACCCCAAUUACGGUUACUUUACCAAGCAUGCGACAAUCUUCAAUGCGGGAAAACCCUUCGAUUUUGCAUCCAUCAAGGACGGCGCAGAAUUCAAUCGUCUGGUGGAUGAGAGCUAUAUCGAGUUCGAAAAUGCUCUCGACGAGAUCGAACCGGACGAGACGCGACAACUCUGGCAUACCCCCACCGAACUAUUUCGACCGUACUAUGGUGAAGCUAUCGCGAGGUAUCUGGUCACCAACUACAAAAUGACCCUGUUUCCAUACCAUGAUUUGAUCAUAUACGAGAUGGGUGCGGGGAACGGGACCUUGAUGCGAAACAUACUCGACUAUAUCUACGAAUACGAGCCGGAAGUCUACAGUCGGACGCAGUUCAAGAUAAUCGAGAUCUCGUCCGCUUUGGCCGAGUUACAGUUGACCAGUCUGCGAAGGUCACCCUAUGCUGCAGAUCAUGUGGAUCACGUACAGAUCCUCCACCGAUCGGUUUUCGACUGGAAAGAGUACAUCCACUCACCUUGUUUCUUCCUCGCCCUCGAAGUCAUCGACAACUUUGCCCACGACUGCCUCCGCUACGACCCUGAAACGGAGCAGCCGCUGCAAGGCAGUGUCCUCAUCGACGAGGACGGAGAGUUCUUUGAAUUCUACGACCGUAACCUCGACCCAUUGGCCCUGCGAUAUCUCCAGGUGAGGGAGCUCGCUGCGCGCUCGCCCUUCGUCACUCCUCUCACCCAGUAUCCGCGACUCCUGCGCCAGCUCCGGCAUUCGCUGCCCUUGUCGCCCAACCUGACCAAGCCCGAGUACAUCCCGACACGCCUGCUCCAGUUCUUCGACAUUCUGAACCAAUACUUCCCCGCCCACCGCCUCGUCCUGUCCGACUUCAACUACCUCCCCGACGCCGUCCCGGGCCUCAACGCCCCCGUCGUGCAGACGCGCUACCAGAGACGCAACGUGCAGGUAACCACGCCCUUUGUGCACCAGGGCUAUUUCGACAUCUUCUUCCCCACCGACUUCACCAUGAUGGAGGACAUCUACAGGGCCAUCACGGGCAAGCUGACCAGAGUCUCGAGUCACAGGCAGUUUCUGGAGAGCUGGGCCUUGGUCGAGCAGACCGAGGUCCGCAACGGCGAAAACCCCAUGUUGGCAUGGUAUGCCAAUGCAAGCGUCAUUACUACUGUAUAG